ACGCUCAUCCCAUGAGGGAUGUAUCGGACCGUAACUUUUACAACGGCCAGUAGAAUACGACGUCAAGUAAUUUUUUUUAGUGCUUGUUUUAGACAUUUGUGAAUAAUUUUAACAAUAUUUCUAGAUAUAAUAGUGAUGAUUUAUAGAUGUUAGGCUCAUGUGCAUAUAAAUUAUUACCUUACAAGGGAUUGAAUGAUAGGUUUUUGUUAGGGAAAGUUACAUUUUUCUUUCAUUACAUGAUUUUAAAGUUGUUUUUUUAUUUUUGCAGUUUCAAAGCAGUAUGUUUUAUGGGCAACGCAAUGCUGCAUUGGAGACUCAGGAACGUGUACCAUGGGUAGCCCCUGACGACGCUGAAGGAAGUGAUGUCGACAUGAGCCCUUUGGACAUUGACAGUGAUGAUGACGACCCUACCUGCAUUCCUGACGAAGGCCUUACUCAGGACGAUGCCUUUGACCCUCCUAACUCUAGAGCUCGCAAGGUCAAUGUUGUUGUCCCUCAAGCGAUGCCUAUGGAAGAGGAAGGUGAGCCUAACCCUAAGAGGUCUCGUGCUGAUGAAUGGAAGAAGGAAGACAUUGAUAUCCGUGCCCUGCCCAACUUCAUUCAUCAGAAGCCUGACUAUUUGAGGGAACCUUAUGAAUAUUUCUCCAAGUUCUUCACAGCUGAAUUGAGGGAACACAUUGUGUAUCAAUCCAACCGGUACUCAAGACAGAAGGAUGUAGGCAGCAACUUCCACAUGUCAGAAGAGGAUCUCAUGGUUUUCCUUGGCCUCAUCGUGUACAUGGGCCUGGUUCCUCUCCCUAGCAUAGUUGACUUCUAG